AUGAAGAACAAGAGGGUUGACCAAGCGUUGGCUAGGCCAAUUCCUCAUCUGUACCAGUCAUUCCCGGUGCAAGAACAUGUCAACGAUGGUGAAGAAAAUGAGGUACCCGAACAUGUUGCUGAGGAGUUUCGACAAUUUGAGAAUCAACACAAGCCAAAUCUUGAAGAAACUGAAACUGUGAAUCUCAAAGAUGGGGAAUGUGUUAAAGAAAUCAGAAUCAGCGUCCAUAUGACUGAAGCUCAAAGAAGGGACUUGAUCAAAGAGGAGAUUACAAAGCAGAUCGAGUCCCAAGUAGUGGAGGUGACGCAGUAUCCGACUUGGUUAGCUAACGUUGUACCGGUUGCCAAGAAAGAUGGAAAUAUCAGAAUUUGUGUUGACUACAGAGAUCUCAACAAAGCUAGCCCGAAAGAUAACUUUCCAUUACCAAAUAUUCACAUUCUCAUUGAUAAUUGUGCUAAGCAUGAGAUGCAGUCGAUGGACCCGUUGAAGUAUAUUUUCCAGAAAGAGAUGCCGACCGGGAAGUUGGCUAAAUGGCAAAUGCUUUUGAGUGAGUUUGACAUUGUGACUUAUUUUCCCGAUGAGGAUGUUUCGUUUGUUGGUGAAGAUAUUUCUGAGGCAUACCUUGGUUGGAGAGUAUUCUUUGAUGGAGCGGCAAAUCACCAAGGGAAAGGUAUCGGAGCGGUCUUAGUGUCAGAAUCUGGUCAACACUAUCCUAUGGCGGCUAAACUCCGAUUUAAUUGCACGAACAACAUGGCUGAGUAUGAAGCUUGCAUCCUCGGUUUGAAGAUGGCAAUUGAUAUGAAUGUUCAUGAGUUGCUGGUUAUUGGAGAUUCAGAUUUGCUGAUUCAUCAGGUUCAAGGAGAAUGCGCCGUAAAGAACCCAAAGAUCACACCGUACGUGCAGUAUAUACAGAAGUUGUGCAAAAGAUUUCGCAAGAUUGAAUUCAGGUACACUCCCAGGACACAGAAUGAGUUGGCUGAUGCUCUGGCCACCAUUGCCUCAAUGAUUAAGCAUCCAGAUACAAGUUAUAUCGAUCCAGUGGAUAUAGAGGUAAAAGAGCAACCUGUCUAUUUUUCAUAUGUUGAAGCGGAACCAGAUGGUUUACCUUGGUAUUUUGACAUCAAGAAUUACUUGGAGACCGGAACCUAUCCCGAGAAUGCAACGUUCAACCAGAAGAAGUCGAUACGCCGCAUGGCCCUCAAUUUCUUUGCAAGUGGGGAAGUCCUUUACAUGAGGACUCUAGAGUUAGGUCUCCUCAGAUGUGUUGAUGCUGAUGAAGCUGUAAAGCUUCUAGAACAAAUACAUGUCAAAGUCUGUGGUACUCACAUGAACGGGCUCACUUUGGCAAGAAAGAUCCUUCGAGCCGGUUACCGAACAACUGUCAAAACAUCAGUUGGAGCUACUCCAUAUUUGCUAGUAUAUGGAACAGAAGCAGUUAUUCCUGCAGAAGUUGAAAUACCUUCAUUAAGAAUCAUCCAAGAAGCUGAAUUGAGUGAUGCUGAAUGGGUUCGCAAGCGGAUCGACCAGUUGACAUUGAUCGAUGAGAACAGGAUGGUUGCUGUUUGCCACGGUCAACUUUCUCGACAGAGAAUGAUUCGCGCUUUCCACAAGAAAGUAAGAGCCAGGAUAUUGAAAUCGGCCAGUUGGUUCCUCAAACGCAUUUUCCUUCAUCAGGAUGAUUACAAAGGGAAAUUCGCACCAAAUUGGCAAGGACCCUACAUGGUUCGCAAAGUGUUAUCUGGAGUGCCUUGA